AUGCCUUCGGAGGCGAAGAAACGACGUGAUGCAGCAAAGAAACAGGCAGCUAAAAAUCGUACUAAAGUCCGCGAUCAAAAACUGGAGAAUAAGGAAAGUAUCGGAUCACCUACUCGAGAGCAAAGCCAACACAUGCAAAAUGGUGGAGCUUCAUCUAUGAAUGAUGUUAUCGAUGUAGCUGCUGCGAUGUUGGAGAAAAUGGAAUUGGAAAAUGCAAAAGCACGAUCAGUUGUAGGAGCAUUGACUUCUCAUCCGUUAUCUAUGGAUCUCAAAAUAGAAGGACUGACGGUGACAUUUCACGGACGUGAAAUUGUGACGGACACAAAACUUGAAUUAAACAUGGGACGCCGUUAUGGUCUUAUUGGUUUAAAUGGAAGUGGAAAGUCUACUUUAAUGCAAGCCAUAUUUCGCCGGGAAAUGUCAAUUCCUGAUCAUGUGGAUAUGUUUUUGGUAUCUCGUGAAAUGGCUGCUUGUAAUGAUAGUGCUCUAAAGGUGGUGUACGAUGUUGAUGAACAGAGAAAAGCACUUGAGAAGCAAGCUGAGGAACUGGCGGCUUCGUCGGACGAUGAAAGUCAGGAAAAGCUAUUAGAUGUUUAUGAUCGCCUGGAAGAAAUGGAUGCUGAUAAAGCGGAAGCAAAAGCUGCAGAAAUACUACAUGGUCUUGGUUUCACUAGGCAAAUGAUGCUUAAAAAAUGCAAGGAUUUUUCAGGAGGUUGGCGAAUGCGAAUUGCAUUAGCACGAGCACUGUAUCUAAAACCAUCAUUGCUGUUGCUUGACGAACCAACUAAUCAUCUUGAUUUGGAGGCUUGUGUGUGGCUUGAGAAAGAGCUAGCGGCAUAUAAAAGGACUUUGCUGAUCGUUUCACACUCACAGGAUUUUAUGAAUGGUGUCUGCACAAAUAUCAUUCAUUUGUUCCAAAGAAAAUUAGAGUAUUAUGGAGGUAAUUAUGAUACAUACGUACGUACUCGGACCGAAUUGCUUGAAAAUCAAAUGAAGCGUUACAAAUGGGAACAGGACCAAUUGCAGCAUAUGAAAGAGUACAUUGCUAGGUUUGGGCAUGGUAGCGCCAAACUUGCCCGCCAAGCUCAAAGCAAAGAAAAAACGAUGGCUAAAAUGGUAGCUAUUGGAUUAACCGAAAAAGUUGUUACCGAAAAGGUAAAGCAGUUUUACUUCUUUGAUCCCGGUACAAUUCCACCUCCGGUUAUAAUGGUACAGCAUGUAUCUUUUCAAUAUAAUGAAAAAACUCCAUUAAUUUACAAAGAUCUCGAUUUUGGAAUAGAUCUUGAUACUCGUAUUGCACUAGUUGGCCCAAAUGGAGCAGGGAAGUCAACAUUAUUGAAAUUGAUAUCAGGAGAUGUGAUGCCAUCAAAUGGUCUUAUAAGACGUCAUUCACAUUGCAAAAUAGGACGCUAUCAUCAACAUUUACACGAAGAAUUACCACUGGAAAAGUCUGCCUUGGAAUAUUUGAUGAUGUCAUUUCCAGAAGUUAAAGAGAAAGAGGAGAUGAGGAAAAUUAUCGGACGUUAUGGAUUGACUGGACGAGAGCAAGUUUGCCCGAUGAAGCAACUCUCAGAUGGACAACGCUGUAGGGUAUCCUUUGCUUGGUUGGCAUGGCAACAACCGCAUCUUUUAUUGCUCGAUGAACCUACCAAUCAUCUAGAUUUGGAAAGUAUUGAUGCAUUGGCGGAAGCAAUUAAUUGUUUUCGAGGAGGAAUGGUUCUGGUUUCGCACGAUUUUCGAUUAGUGCAUCAUGUGGCUGAGGAGAUAUGGGUAUGUGAUAAACAAACAGUUACAAAAUGGAAUGGUGAUAUUUUUACAUACAAAGAUCAUUUGCGUAAGGCAAUCGACAAACAUUGUUCGGAAGUGGUAGAACGAUAG